AACAACUGAAGUUAAUGGGUUAAUAUAUGAGCUAUUUCAUCUACAGAGAUUCAAGACCAGAGAUCAGAGCUUUGUGUAUUUCAGAGAUUGGUGAAUGGAUGAAGGAAUACAGCACUUUGUUCCUUAAUGACAGAUAUUUAAAAUAUAUAGUUUGGAACUUACACGAUAAGAUUGGAGAAGUUCGGCUAAGGUCCAUUCAAGCAUUACUUGGGCUUUAUGAAGAUGAAGAUCUUGUCCCACACCUAGAUGCAUUAACCAGUAGAUUUAAGGAUAGAUUUGUCAGUAUGACAUUAGAUAAAGACAAUGAAGUUGCUGUUGAAGCUGUCAAGCUCACAGGCUAUCAAUACCAAUAUGAGAAACUUGAUGAAGAAGACUGCCAACAGAUACAGUUGUUAGUGUUCUGUACACACAGGCAAGUAGCACAUGCAGCAGGUCAAUUCUUAUACAAGAGAAUCAAAGAUGCUGCAGAUGAACAGAUCUCCAGUAGAUCUAAAAAAGGUGAUUUAGUGGCCAAAAAAUCUGAUAAAGAAACUAAAGUCACUCAAAUUAAGAAGUUACUGGAGUUUUUCAUCAAUAGUGAAGUUCAUCAUCAUGGAGCUUAUCUUGUAGAUAGCUUAUGGAGCACAAUGCCUGUUAUAAAGGACUGGAAACUUAUGACAGACAUGUUGUUGGAGGACAAAACUGAUGAAAGUGGUCUAGAUGACAAGGAGGAAGCAGCUUUGAUUGAGAUUCUAGUAAGCUCCUGCAAACAAGCAUCCCUUGGUCAGAGUCCACCUGGAAGAGCCACCAAAAAGACUGUUAGCAGCAAGGAAAAAAAGGCUAUCAACAAUGACAAGAAAGAACUGAGCGCUCACUUUAUGCAGACAUUGCCAGAUCUUUUAGCAAAGUAUGGAACAGACAGUGACAAAGUUCUGAGUCUUGUGUCUGUACCCCAGUGCUUUGAUCUUGAAGAAUAUGGGCAAAGAAGAUUAGGCAAGUACCUGGAUGAACUCCUUAAUCAGUUGUCUGGAGUGGUGGAAAAGUUUACAGACAGUGAGAUACUACAGGAAUGUGCAAAAACCUACAGAAUGCUGACAGACAAUGAGUACACUCUAAGUACAACAGCUGAAGUGGCAAGAAAUAAACUUGUGGACCAGUUUGUUGAAUCCUUCAAGAAGAGCCUGAACAAGGGUCUUGAUGCUGAUGACGAUGAGGACAGUGAAGAAAGAUUUGCUUUAAUUUCAAGUCUAGAGAAAGUUUGUGCUUUUUACAAAGCACAUGAUCUUGGUAAAUGGAAACUCUAUGAAAGUCUGCAUCAAAUCAUGGAUCGGGCAACAUCAGACCAGGACACUGUCUCUGAUAAGAUUCUUAAUCUCACUCUAUACAGUAUGCAGUGUCUGCUGCUUUGGGCACUAUCAGGACUGGAUCCAAGUCAUCCAGAUAAGUCACAGCUGAAGAAGCUCAAGAAGUGGAUUUCAACCUUUAUUAAGCAAUGUGAAGAGCUUGUUGGCUAUAGUAACAUUGAAGUGAGAACAGAGGCAUUCCUGUGCAUGUGUGACUUGCUAGUUGUGUUUGCAAAGCAAAUUACAAACCAAUCUGCACUAUUCGCACCACUAAUAUAUGAGGCCAACGUUUCCUUCCAAGCCACUUGUCGUGAUUUUAUUGUCAACCACAUUUUUGCAAAUAUCACUGAAGAUAGUGAAGAGGAGGAUGAAGAUGAGGAUCAAACAGAUGAAAAGGUGGAGGAAUUGAGUAAGAAGAGAACACUUUUGGCAGGAUUUUGCAAAUUGAUUAUCUACAACAUCUUUGAUAUGGGGCUUGUAGCUCCCAUAUUUUCUUUUCUGAAUAAGGCAUUUGGUGACUUUGGUGAUAUCAUCAAGCAUACAAUGAACAAAUGCAAAGAGAUAAACAAGACAACCUAUGCCAAAACAUUACUGACAUCUCUACAGCAGGAAUUUGUUUGCCUCAAAGAUGACUUUCAGGGUGAGGUGGAUGUUAAGUCAGAAGACUUUGGUCUGAUAAGGGACCUCGCUCACAGAUUCGCCCUUAGUUUGGGAGUAGACACUACAAAAUCACAUGCAAGAGAAGCUUUAAUUAAACUCCACAGGGAAGGAAUACAUUAUUCACUGAAGAUUAAUAAACGAAACUCCCCUAGGAAAGGUAGUGGAGGUGUACCACCUAACCUGACAUUCCUUGAUAUCCUCAAUGAGUUUACAUUUCGCUUGAUUCACCAAGAUAAAGUUGGAAAAAAUGGAGUUUUGCAGUAUCUGGAGAAGGAAGCUGGAGAAAUGCUUAAAAUGAAGGGAAAUGAUUGGGCCCCACUGAUUAAUUAUAGAGGCAACCUAUUAGGCAACCAAGAGGGAGAAGACAAUGCAGAAUCACCCAAACAAGAUAAGUCAAAAGGUCAGCGUGGCCGUCCUCGUAAGUCUCCAACACAACAAUUGCCAAAUACAGGACACAAACAUGAAUUGACAUCACUAGACUGUGAUGAAGACAGUGCUGAGGAUGAAACACCUUUAAAAAGAGUAAAGAAAGCUCAUAUUUCAGAACAAAUACCACAGGAGAAGGAGAUGGAAGAGUUUCAGGAAGAAGGCAAUUCAUCACUGCAGCAGAAGAGAAAGAGAAUGGACUCAGAGCUUGAUGAAGAAAGUGAAGAUUUUGAUAGCAUUGGUAUGCCAUCAUCUCAAAGAUCCUGGCUUUCAAGCCAAAAGAAAGCAAGUAAGAGACCAAAAUUAAGCUACAGUAAAAAAGGCAGAACAUCGCUAGAAGAUGAGAAAGAGGAAACUGAAAUCAAGGAAUUUGUCAGUGAUGAAGAUGCAGACGCAACUGAAAAACCACCUAUAAAAGUAAGACGAGAACGUCAUAAACUUCCAGAAAUUCUUUUUGAUGACUCAGAAAACAGCAAAAACAUGGAAGAUGACUUAGAUCAACCAGCAAUUUAGCAGUCAAGUUUGGUUAAUUAUAUUAUAAUUGUUUUACAUGUUACAGACAAGUCUUUUUUAUAAUUUUAUUGAAAAAAGUCUUUGGAACACUAUCACCAACUAGGAAAACCAUUGGUUACAACAUUCUAAAAUAGUUUUUCUGCACUUUUUACAUCUGUAUUGCAAUUUAUGUCCUACCCAAUGUCAUUGACGUCCUUCAUCAGAAAUAUGUAAUAUAGCAAGCCUAUAAAUAGCAAUUUUUUAAUGUGAACUCUGGUAACUUUCUUUUUCUCCUUAUUAUAGCAAUUUGUGCAUUGUCUACAUACUUUGUUUCAAGUAAUAAGAACUUUGUUAUAUUGUUCUGAUGUUAGAUGUCACUARUAUUAUGAAUACCUUGGUUCCAGAAGUUUGUCUUGAUACGUCUCUGUUAAUCACUUUCCAGAUGUAUUUUAAYGAACCAAUCACAGAUUGGAGUAUUUUUGCUGUCAAACAUGUCAAAUAUACAAACCAAUAAGGGCUCAUCACUGGCAACAGAUCUUAUUACUCUGAUGUGUGAUUGCUUCACUAAAAUACAGCAUAAAAGAGAGAUUGCCAGAAGCUUGGCGUAAAAACAAACCAAUUAAUAGAAACAUCUUGUUGCUUUGCUGCUCGAUAACAUAGCAAGCAGAAGAAUAGAAGRCAAGCUUCUGGAACAAGGGUAUAUUUUGAAAGGUAAUUUAGUGUUUUUACUGAAUGUUGCAUAAUCAUGAACUGAACAACAUGAAAAGUUGUACAAUUGUAAGCACAGGCUUGUUACCAGGCUUAUCACCAGAGUUAGCAAAAUAUUUUUUCGAUGGCUAGUUUUCAUKUCAACUCAUUUCAGUCAGGCAUGUUUACUGAUUUUCAGAUGGGCCUGCCGGUCAGAUGCUAGUGUUUUAGCAUCUGACACAGGCCUGUCUGAAAAUCAGGUUCAUGUUCAGUCUGUGCUUGUAACAAAACAGCACCUUAAUGCAGAAAACUUGUAGGGUGGUACAGCUAUUUCAAAAAACAGAGAGUUUUGGACACUUUGACAGUGCAUAGUGUAUUCCGUUUCUUGUAUUCCAAGGCCAAAAUGCAUUUUUGGUAUUGGACUCCACUUAACUAGUAUAAAAAAAUGGGAAUUAUAGUUACUCUCAGAUGUWGAAAAUCGGUAUGCUUUUGUUAUCACAUGACCAUUCUUCAAUCGGUAUGCUUUUGUUAUCAUACGGCCAUUCUUCAAUCGGUAUGCUUUUGUUAUCAUAUGGCCAUUCUUCAAUAAACUUUCUUUGUCUCAUUGCAUAUUAGAGAAAGUCCACCUGAAAUACAUUAAUGCACCUUAUGGUACUCUCUAAUUGCAUUGUUUUCUUUUGUCACAAGUUUAAUGACUUCGCUCUAAUACCUAUGCUUAUGAUAUUGAUAUUAUUAAUAAUAUAUUAUUUUAGUAAAGUUUUAUUUCUUGACUCAAUGUUUUUUUGAAAUCGAUGUCACAGUUCUAAACAUGUUAGUGACUUUCAGUUUUAUAUGUAAUUGCUUAGAGAUUAAACUAUAAAUGGAAAUAAUAUGCUUUUGUAUUGCAAAUGUAAAUCUUACCGAAUUCAUUUAUUAUUAAUUUUUCGGAAGCAAAAAGUUGGGGGGGGGGCGUUAUUAGUAUCGGUCAUAAAUUCCCUCUGGAAAAGUCUAACAUAUAUUUACAUAAAAAAUUCAACAUCUAUCUAAAGAGUUGUGUUGAUAAUCAUAAUAAGCGAGUAGGGAAUAUAAAAUAUACAACUAGAAGGGUUCACAGCCACUGCCGUUGCAUCACGAAUAGUAAGCAGCGUGUCGAUCUCUGUAUUUGACAUCUCCUUGUCGUCGUAAUUCAACAUACCCUUGAUCCUAACACCCAGACGAAUAAUGAGUGCCAGAUUCUGGUCGUAAACCUUCAUGUUCUGUAAAUAUCUACAGGAAAAAUAAGAAAUAAAGAUACCAGCAGUGGGAA